CUGAUUCUGAGUAACGGGGAAAGAGAGUUCUAGAGAGAGAGAGAGAGAAAGAGAGAGAAAAUUGUAAUUUGUGUGCGUUGAGAAAAAAAAAUGGGUGUGCCGGCGACGACGACGAUGGGGGAGAGUGAGAGCCCUCGGAGCCCAGAGGCAAAGCUUGGGAUGCAAGUAGAGGAUUUGUGGGACGUGCAAGAGCCACAGCUAAGUCCAACUGAAAAGCUCAAUGCUUGCUUUGAGAGCGUCCCUGUCUCUGCCUUCCCUCCUGCUCCUUCUAAUCAAGUGAUUGAGAUAAAGUCAGACACCAGUUUAGCUGAAGCUGUUAAAAUCCUGUCCCAACACAAAAUUCUUAGUGCACCAGUGGUGGAUGUCGAUGCGCCUGAGGAUGCUAGCUGGAUCGACAGAUACAUCGGUAUCGUUGAGUUUGCCGGGAUUGUUGUGUGGAUUCUGCAUCAGUCAGAACCUCCAUCUCCGAGGACGCCAACCAGCCCGUCGAGUGCAACCGCGAUUGCCGCAGCAGCUAAUGGACUGAAAGGUCUUGAUAUUGCAGGAUUGGAAUUGGGCUCUGAUUUUGCUGCAACAACUGCAGGAAGUUUCUUUGAGGCUUUGACCUCUUCUGAGUUUUACAAGAACACACAGGUUCGAGAUAUAUCUGGGUCCUUCCGCUGGGCUCCAUUUCUUGCUUUGCAAACAUCCAAUUCCUUUCUCACCAUGCUUUUGCUACUUUCCAAGUACAAGAUGAAGAGCGUUCCUGUUGUUGAUUUGGGUGAUGGAAAGAUUGAUAAUGUCAUCACACAAUCUGCGGUGAUUCACAUGUUGGCUGAAUGUGCCGGACUUCAGUGGUUUGAGAGCUGGGGAACCAAGAAACUAUCCGAACUUGGUCUUCCCAUGAUGAGUGCCGAUCACAUUGUCAAGGUAUACGAGGAUGAACCGGUGCUGCAAGCAUUUAAGCUGAUGAGGAAGAAGAGGGUUGGAGGGGUACCUGUGAUUGAAAAGGGUGGUAGCAGGGCAGUAGGCAAUAUAAGCUUAAGAGAUGUUCAAUUCUUGCUUACUGCACCAGAAAUUUACCAUGACUACAGAUCGAUCACAGCGAAGAACUUCCUGACGGCUGUUGAAAAGUAUCUAGAGACGCAUCAUGAAGUCUACCCGAUGUUGAGUACCAUGGUUACGUGCAAAAAGGAUCACACAAUUAAAGACCUAAUUCUGAUGCUGGACGCCGAGAAGAUCCACAGGGUAUAUGUUGUGGAUGAUGAUGGGAAUCUGGAAGGAGUCAUUACACUCAGGGACAUCAUCUCAAGGCUAGUUCAUGAGCCCCGUGGCUACUUCGGCGACUUUUUCGAUGGUGUUCUGCCGCUCCCCCAAAACAGCAGAGUUUAAGAGAAGAAGUCAUCAAGAACAACACUCCUUUCCACAAAACCAAAUGAGUAACCCUAUCUUGUAUUAUUUUGUUUUGCCUCUUGCGUGUAAUUAGUGUUUCUUCGGUUUGACAGGGUUUAGCCUUCUGUAUAAAUGUUGUAUCCACAAGCUCUCCUCCAAGCGAGCUUUUUUGCAGUAACAAUCUAAUAAUCAAGUGCCUAGUGCUGAGAUAUGCCAUUGUCACUGCUAGCUAGCAGUUCGCAACUUUCUGGUAUGAAAACGAAUCAGCAAAGUUUGGACUUU